AUGCUGCGGGUGUGGAUGGCUUCCGGGGUGGAGCACGCUGUGGCCCUUGAGCAGCUGGCAGACUCAGAGAGGACUGCAGAGAGACCUGUGCUGGCCUUGAAGCAGCAUCUGAGCAAGCUCUGCGGCGUGCCGCGCUUUCGGCAGCGGCUUCUGUGUGGAAGCACCUGUCUGCAGGACUGCGAGAAGCUGGAGCCGAGUCAAGAACUGCAGCUUGUGCUGUUGCCCUUCGCCGAAACCUCCAGCGAGCAGGGCCGCGGGCUGUGCCGGGCUGCCAUGCAGGGCCAGGAGGAAGAGGUGGAGCGGAUGCUUUCCCUCCCGCAAGAUCCGGAAGCGCAGGAGUUGGAUCUCAGCGAUCUCAGCUACAGAUUCCACAUGAUCACGCCCCUCUUGGCAACCUCCGGGGGCGGCUCCAUCGCAGUUGCCCGACUUCUCCUCGAGGCACGUGCGCACCCGGACAAGGGCAGCGAGACCACCACGCCCCUUGUGAAGGCCUGCAGGAUGGGCCAUGUGGAAGUGGCGCAGGCGCUGCUGCAGGCUGGCGCUGACAAGGACAAGUGUGGCGAGUGUGGCUUUGGCAACCUCACACCGCUGGCGGUGUCGGCUGAGCUCGGCCAGGUGGAACUCGUGCGCAUCCUUCUGGAUGCGCGCGCCGAUCCGGACAAGUACGGAGACGUCGAUGUCACGCCACUUGCCAGAGCUUGUCGCCAUGGAUCGGAGGCCGUUGCACGCCUGCUGCUGGCUGCCGGAGCUGAGAAGGACAAGGACGGCAGAGGGACUUUUCGCUUCUCCUUCGCAGCCGACACUGCCAAAGCCAAAGCAGGCUGGACACCGCUGGUGGAGGCGGCUCAGUAUGGCCAUGGGGAUGUUGUGCAGCUACUUCUUGAGGCCAAAGCAGACAAGGACAAGUUCAGCCACGGCUGCACUGCCCUAGGCAAGGCUUGUGAAUACGGAUAUGUGGAGGUCGGGCGCUUGCUUUUGCAACACAGCGCUGACCCAGACAAAGCCAGCGGCCACAUCACACCCCUGACCUGGGCGGUGCGGCAGGGAACUGUGGAGUUGGCGAAGCUGCUCCUGGAUGCGGGUGCGUGUACAGGCCAGGACAGCGACAACCUGACCCCCCUCGCCUGCGCUGCCCGGAAAGGCGACUGUGACAUGGCCUUGCUCUUGUUGGAAUUCAAGGCGAACGUGGACUUGGGAUAUUUCAAGCCCUUGCUGGAAGCAUCCCAGCAAGGGCACCCCACCAUGACCAGUCUUCUGCUACAGGCCCGCGCCGACCCCAACGCGGGAUGCUGGAUGCCUUUGGUGGAAGCAGCGCAGGCGGGCCACGUGCAAGUCGUGCAUCAGCUACUGGCCGCCAGGGCGGACACGGAGAAAUGCGGCAACUCCGACUUGACGGCUUUGGCCAAGGCCGUGGAGAGCGGCCGCACUGACAUCGUGGAUCUGCUCGUCGACUCCGCCUGCCUCCGACUGGAGAAGCGUGUGCGGCUGCUUCCUGAAGAGGAGUUGGAGAAGCUGUGCGGCGACUGCUACACCCUGGGCACAUCUCACCUUUCGAGGGUGAAGGACUUCAAGGUCCGGGCCCUGGCAGCGGUGGCGGACGCAGAGGCGCAGGCUUUGCCCGCCGUAGCCGCGCAGGCGGAGGACAACGUGAAGCGGGCUCUGUCCCUCCGAAGCCGCGAGAGGAACCAAAUGAUCCGGAUGCAGGGCCUCAACUCUGAGGGAGCCUGGUCGCGACAGGCCGAUAUCCCCUCGGACCACGAGAGUGACCGAGAAGCCCCGAGCUCUAGCGACGAGGAGCAGGAUGAGUCGGCGACGCCGCCACCAGCGCCCAGCUUCUGCGACAUCUCGCCGAGCAAGCUUGGCGCACCCGCGUUGCUGGAUGUUGCCUGCGAAGCCCUGGCGGGCAGUGGGCGAGUGCCGGCCAACAGCCCCGCGGUCUCAGCAUCGUUGUCGAGGCCCUCCGCGAGCCGCUUCGCUCGGGGCGCGGCGACGAAGGAGGACUGGACCCGCCUUGUGCACAAGGCCAACACCUUCAUCCUCCGCUCCUACGUGGCCAUGGCGGAGCGCGAGCCGAUCACGAAGUAUGUGGAGGAGGCCACCCGAGCUUUCCUGGACGCCUGGGAGUUCGGGAGCUUGAAGGAGGACCCCGUAGUGGCCCAGCUCAUCCUGGACAAGGUCAAGGGCCAGUACAACAAGCACCUCUCCAAGGCUCUGGCUUGCCUUGACCUGCAGAGCGUGGACGACUUGCGGGCGGCGGCUGAAGGCAGCGCGGGAUACGGCCCGGAGAUUCAGCUGAUGGAACCAGCCGUGGCGAAGAUGAUGACCUACCACAGCCGGUAUUUGCUGCAGAUGGCCAUGGCGAUGGGUGAUCGCAAGGCGCUGGCUUUAGCGCUGGUGGAGUCUUGCCGCCUCAUGGGUGAUCUGCCAGAUGCCGCCCUUUGGCAGCCAGUGGCGGGGUCCAGGCCCGAGGCCGAUGACGAGGACAAGAAGGACGUCGAGGCGAAGGAGGAGGAGAAGGAGGAGGAGAAGGAGCUUGCAGCCAAGGAGAUGCCUGAGGCGCAUGAGGAGGUGGAGUUCCGAGGCACCCUUUCCGGCCCUUGCGCCUUCGAUGGGGGGCCAGGCAUGCCAGAGGGGGAGCUUCAGCGCCGGCCCAACACACCCGCGCGCAGUGUGGACUCAGCAGACCUCGUCUUGGCAGACCCUGGGCCACUUUGGUCUUCCCUGCACCGCAGCUUUGCCGAAGGUGGUGGCCCCUCUCCGACGAUCCCGGCCCGUAGCUGUGCACAGCUGCUGCAGCUGGCUCGGGAGAUGUAUCGGCAGAAGCUCUUCGACGAGUCGCGCCAGCUGUUGCUGACAGAGGCAGCCCGGGAGCUUCUUGGUGACGGCUUGGACCAUUUCGGCGAGGCUUGGAUGCAGCAGCAGCUGUCGGUUAUGCGCAGCAAGCAGGUUGGGAGUCUCGACCCGAGGUCGAAGAGGGAGCUCGAGUCACCGAAGUUCAUCCGCGCACUGCAGGCUCUCUUCGACCUCACCACCCGGCAGGUAAUUACCCGGGAUCGUCAGGGAAAGUUGCCGACGCGGCUCAAGGUUGUCAAGGCCAAGCGGUCCGUCAACCUUGAUGCCUACCGCGCCUACUACGCCCGUCGAACAGAGACGCUCCUCCGCAUUGUGGGCUCCUACAGGCCUUGA